CCCCAAACAAUUUCUCCCGUCCUCACCCUCUCCCGCUUGCCCUUGCUUCUCCUCCCUCCUCCCCCCCCCAUUCAGCCGUUUUGUCCUUCAUCAUCCAUCUUCAACUGCCUCUUUUCCCGUUCAAUCUUCUCAUCUAACCCCAAGACACCGCAAAAAUGUCUGUCCCUGCCUUCUCCGAUAUCGCCAAGCCGGCCAACGAUCUCCUCAACAAGGAUUUCUACCACCUCUCCGCCACCACCUUCGAAUUCAAGGACACCGCCCCCAACGGCGUUGCCUUCAAGGUCACUGGCAAGUCCAGCCACGAGAAGGCCACCUCUGCUGCCAUUGAGGGAAAAUACACCGACAAGCCUACCGGUACGGCCUCACCAUCAUCACAUUCCUCUUCUUCCUCAACAUCACCGUCACCAUCACCAUCACAAUCGUCUCUGUCGUCAAGACCCAGACCCAGACCCAAAUACCCCCAUCGCAGAAAACCCAACCUCCCAGCUCUCAGCCUCUCUCGAAUUCUCGGUCCUGGCUCUGGCUGGCCGAUCGGUUUUGCGACAGUGCUUCAACCUGGCUACGCUCAAGUGCUAAUGAUCUACUCGCGCACAGGCCUGACCCUCACCCAAACUUGGAACACCGCCAACGCCCUCGACACCAAGCUCGAGGUCAGCGACUCCCUCGCCAAGGGCCUCAAGCUUGAGGGUCUCUUUAACUUCCUUCCCGCCACCGCUGCCAAGGGUGCCAAGUUCAACCUGCACUUCAAGCAGCCCGGCUUCCACGGCCGUGCCUUCUUCGACCUCCUCAAGGGUCCCGUCGCCAACGUCGAUGCCGUUGUCGGCCACGAGGGUUUCCUCGCCGGUGCCUCUGCUGGCUAUGACGCCAACAAGGCUGCCCUGACCGCCUACAGCGCCGCCGUCGGCUACGCUGCUCCCCAGUACAGCGCUGCCAUCACCGCCUCUGACAACCUCAGCGUCUUCGCUGCCUCCUACUACCACAAGGUCAACAGCCAGGUCGAGGCUGGUGCCAAGGCUAGCUGGAACUCCAAGACCGGCAACACUGUCGGCCUCGAGGUCGCCAGCAAGUACCGCAUCGACCCCGUCUCCUUCGCCAAGGUCAAGAUCAACGACCGUGGUAUUGCUGCCCUCGCCUACAACGUCCUCCUCCGCGAGGGCGUCACCCUGGGUCUCGGUGGCUCUUUCGAUACCCAGAAGCUCGACCAGGCCACCCACAAGCUCGGUGCCAGCUUCACCUUCGAGGGUUAA